CAUCACUCGGAGAGAUAUCCAACAGUGGGGAUCUUGUUCCAGUGGGGUAUUUCAACAUCUAUUUGGCCAACAAGUGACUUGACUAUCAAGUGAUCCUAUCAGCCUGCGCACGUUCAAGCCAUGGCGACAGCCUAUGCUAAGUACGUGAUUCUUGAUAUGAAUGCUAAUGGAAAAACCAAAAAAGGGAUGGCAGAGAAAAGAAAGCUUCGCAUUGAACAUGUCUUAAGGUCAGAAAAACCUCUGGUGGUUUGCCUCCAAGAAUUUCUCUGGAAGGGUAUUCAUUCGAGGGCAUGGAAAAAGUUUGAUAUUCCCGACCAUUUUAAGUAUGAAGGUCACAAAGAAGCAGGUUUCAUAUAUGAUGAGAGGAAAAUCACAUGCACGAGUAUUGACAACCAAAACUGGGUGCGAACCAUGAUGAGUGGAAAUGAGCUGUCAAGACUUUGCGUCUGUAGAAUUCAGUUCAAAUUGGUUCCUAAUCUUGAGAUCCUCUGUGUCAGUUGGCAUGGCCGUCAUAGAGUUUGUAAGCAGGAAAAAGAAAAUUCCCUUGAUAAGUUGGUAAAUUUUCUUCUGAAAUUGAAUGAGAAAUUUAGGAAUGUUCCACUCUUGCUUGGGGGAGACUUCAACAUACCUGCAUCUACUGUGGGGAGAAAACUCCAAUCUAAUGGCAUUCUGAUUCUAAUGACGCCAGAAGACUCGUCUAUAGACAUGUUUAUCAUAAACUCCGAUAUAACGCGAAAAUUUAGCGUUUCGAAAGUUUACACCAUGGAAAAAAAUAAAGCAUUUGACCAUUUGCCUUUGAAAAUAUGUUUAACUGCUGUAGAUGACACUAGCCCUGAAAAACAAAAACAAAAAGGGGAUCAAGGGCCACAACGCCCUCCCGAAGAACAAACAAAGGAUGAAGGGCCACAACGUCCUCCUGAAGAACAAACAGGGGACGCAGGGCCUCAACGCCCUCCUGAAGAGGAAACAGGGGACGAAGGGCCACAAGGUCCUCCCGAGAACAAACAUGGGAUGAAGGGCCACAAGGUCCUCGUGAAGACCAAACAGGGGACGAAGGGCCACAACGUCCUCCUGAAGCGGAAAGACGGGACGAAGGGCAACAAGGUCCUCGUGAAUCCAAACAGAAAACUAAAGGCCAAGAAGGAAUGAAAAAGGCAAAGGGUGCAUAAAGAUAAGGUCCCAAAGAGUAUGAACUAACAAAUGACUAAUUUUCAAGUGUAUUACCCUGAUAAAUACCCUAUCCAUUUGCUACCGAAGCUCCAAAAGAACAAAUCGGGAUGGCACAGUCUAGUGUUGAUGCUCUUAAGUGGAUUCUUACAUCAGUCAUAGGCUACUUGGGACCAAUAUAACCCAGAAUCCCUACAAACAAGGGUUGUGUUGAUUCAAAUGUGUUUGAGAACAUUUCAUAGCAAAGGGGUAUCCCUCUCAUCCUGUAUGGAGGUAUUCUGAUUCAAUAAUGUAGUUAGACAGUGUUGCAAACUCCCCAAAAGCUCAGCCAGACAACGGGUCUGGUAACUCUCAAAAGUUACCAGACCGGUUGGAAAGUUGCCAGUCCAGACUUUUCUGGAUUAAGAAAAAUAAAAAGAAUGUAAAUAACAGGAUGGAACUGUUUAAUGUCAGGUUAUUGUCACAAUAACACAUGUUUUCAAAUCUGUUUCAGUCAAGGCUUUAGCAGUUUAGUCAUCAUAUUCAAAGUCAGAUUCGUCCAAAUCUGAAAAAACAGAAUCAUAGUCUGAAUCUGAAGGGGGUGCAGAUUUAGAACUUCCCCCUGCAGUAGGCA